AUGUUGAACAACGAUACCAGAGAUAGAUUUACGUCUGAUUCUUAUUCAGAACACCAGAACUCGAUUUCGGCAAUCGAAGCCACUUCAAGGUUCUUGCUUCCUCUCAACACAUCAGCACUCAACUUAGCAAGAACAUUGAGCUCGGCGCUAAAUGGAUCCGAGCUAUCAUUUGUUACAAUUGAGAAAAAGGUGAUUGCACCGUCGUUGUUCAUUGCGCUUUCAACAAUUCCAAGUCUAUCACAGAUUUCUUACGUGGGAUUGAAUGGCUUGAUGUUUUCGUAUUACAAUGAUGAGGACGACCAAAAGCUAGCAGUAUUCUGCAACACUUCCUUUUCUUCCCAUUGGUAUAGUAUGCUGGUCAAUCGUGAUACUGGCGUCUUGUAUGGAAAGGCAAUUACUUUGAAUGCCACGAAUCGAAUAAACGAAACAUGGUUUCAAGAAGCCUUAAAUCGAACCAAAGGGUAUUUUUCUCUCGGCAAAGGAUGGAAUGAUGAUCAAGAUAGCCUAUUUCUUAGCUCUGUUACUAUGGAUGGAAGUGGUGUUAUAUCUGUUGGUUUCCCUGUUCAAGUGGUUAUUGAUCAUUUUGCAGCAUUAAACUUUAGUGGAGGGUACUUCCAUUUGGCUACCGUCGACGGGGAUGUGAUUGUGCAAUCCGAGCUUCCAAAUGCUGAAAUUAUAGUAAAUAACAACACAGUUUUAAUUCGACCAUCGGAACUUGACGGUAGUACGAUACGGAGUAUCAGUUACUGUUCGUGUGAACCUGUUGAUGGGAACAGAGUAUCGUUUCAUGGGAGAAUUAUGGGAGAGAAGUACACAUUUUAUUGCUCCACAGUUGAGAUUGCUGGAGUUCAAGCAGUGUAUGUGUUAGCGUAUCACAAGGGCGGAUUGGUCACCAUCAUUGAAGAGAACACCAAGCUAUCCUUAUUGCUUCUUAUUCUCAUGUUUAUAUCCAUAUUGGUUGCGUUCAUUAUCUUCAUUUUCUUUUCCAUUAGAGCAGCAAAAAGAGAAAUGUACUUGUGCGCUGCUUUCGUAAAACAAAUGAAUGCAACUCAACAAGCGGAGCGCAAGAGCAUGUUUAAGACUCGAACUUACUUGAGGGCGAACCACGACAUUCGAUCUUCCUUGGCUGCAAUAUCAACUUUGCUCGAUCUUUGUCAUGCCGAUGCUCAUCCUCACCCCGAGUUAGCUGCAAAUUUGGUUCAGAUAAAGAGUUGCAACAAGGACCUUCUAGAUAUAUUAAAUUCAGUAUUGAAUAUCGGUAAAAUUGAGGCCGGGAAGAUGGAUCUCGAAGAAGAAGAAUUCAACUUGGCUCAACUCCUUGAGAACGUUGUCGAUAUCGAAUAUCCUUCAGGUAUCAAAAAGGGCGUUGAUGUUGUACUUGAUCCUUGUGAUGGUUCCAUUGGUAAACUAUCUCUGGUGAGAGGUGAUAGAGUUAAGCUUAAACAAAUUUUGUUCAACUUACUUCGCAAUGCUAUUAAGUUUACAUCAGAUGGUCACGUCUCGAUUCGUGCAGUCGUCAAAAAACGAAGUUUUGAAAAAGAAAUCAUUGCUUCUAAUGGUAAUUUAGUAUCGAAGUGUCUAUCCCUAUUAUUUUGCAAGAAAGAAGACUUUGAGGAUAUGGAUGCACUUCAUAGAGCUGAACAAAAUCUCAACAAAAUGGAGUUUGAGUUCGAGGUUGACGAUACCGGCAAGGGAAUUCCUAAAGACAAGCAAGCAUCUAUUUAUGAAGAAUUUAUUCAGGUUAAGGAUACAACUGUCGGUGAAGGUCGCCUCGAAGAAGAAGGAUGUGGUCUCGGACUUGGUAUUGUUCAAUCCAUUGUGCGGCUGAUGGAUGGAGAAAUAGGCAUUGUUGAUAAAGAGCCUGGUGAGAGAGGCACUUGUUUCAGGUUCACUGUUAUGCUUACGGUUUGUCAGCCCGAGCCGACUCUCGAACCCUUAGAAGACUCUGUGAAUGGAGGUGAACCACGUUGUUCCAUUUCUAGGAGCCCUGCAGCUAGUUCUCAUGUCAUACUCUACAUAACAGGGGAAGAAAGGAAGAGAGUUCUGAAGAAAUAUAUGGAAAGCUUAAACAUAAAAGUGACAUUAGUAAAGCAAGGGAAAUGUGUUCAUCGGCUGCUCGAAAAGAUAAAGUGCAAGCUGGAUUAUUCUUACAGCAAUUCUUCAAGAAGGCCCGAGUCAAGUUCAGCAAACUUCCCAGCAAAAUCUGCAUCAAGCAGUUCUACUGCAGGAACAAAUGAUACAUCUGCUGGGAUCAAAGGAGGAAGUGAUAGUAGUUGGGGACAAUACACAAAGAACAACUCUAGAAAUUGUCCAACUUUCAUACUAGUAGUAAUUGAAUCCAGUCUUGGCAAUUUAUCUGAACUGUGCUGUGCUGUAGCUAAUUUCCGGGCAUGUAUUCCGGAUAACUUAUGUAAGUUUGUCUUGUUAGAUAAUCCGGUUACCCGUUUGAGAGGUGGAAAAGAAGAGGAUAAGUUAGUUAGUCAUUUUCAUGAACGAAUAAGUGAACCAUUCCAUGGAUCACGCUUAAUGAAAGUGCUGCAUCUACUUCCAGAACGUGAAGAAUUCCAACAGAAUUGCUUGGGGACCAAUCGACAUAGGACUUCUUCAUCUCAUCCUCCGUCACUUGAGCAGGUGGCAAUAAAUGAAAAUACAGAGAUGAGAAUUAAAAAGUCUUUAAAUGAGAAGACAAUUCUCAAGCAGGUGGUGAUAAACGAAAAUACAGAGACGAUGAUAAUAAAAAAGCCGAAUGAGAAGACAAUUCUCGAGCAGGUAAUGAUAAACGAAAAUACGGAGAAGCCUUUGAAUGAGAAGACAAUUCUUUUAGUUGAAGACUCUCCGCUAAAUCGAAGGAUAACAAGUGAAAGGCUUAAGAAACUUGGAGCAGAAGUUGAAGUGUGUACAAAUGGGGAAGAGGCAGUCGAUAAAGUUUGCAAGAUGUUGAAAGAAAAUAACAAACGCAAAGCUCAACCUUAUGAUUUUAUCCUCAUGGAUUGCCAGAUGCCGGUGAUGGAUGGAUAUGAAGCAACAAGACUAAUAAGAAGGGAGGAGAAAUCGUAUGGUGUUAGUAUACCAGUGAUUGCAUUAACCGCUGAUCCUUUAUCUGAGGAAGCAACUACCGGCGCUGGAAUGAAUUCUUAUUUGAUUAAGCCAUUGAAUCUUGAUAAAUUGCUUGAAAUUAUGUCAACUUUAUCUAAAUAA